AAAACAGAAUAAAACUAAAGUUAUUAAUGAUAUUGAUAGGAAUGAGGGCUUAGCGCGGCUUCAGUGUUAUCAGUGUUAUGAUUGAUGAACUGAUACUCAAUUAAAUGGUUAAAUACAUUUUCGAUGGAACUGGCAGACAUCCGAUCGUCAGGCAUGAAAUCCUUUCGUGACAUUCUUGUAGAUGAAACAAAUUUACUACUUUGGACGGGAUUGAUUGUACCGAUAGCCCAAAAUCCUUGUAACAAAACACACACAUUCCCCGAAAUACGCGAUUUCACUUUACAGGCUGUCCCCGAGAUACGCUAUCACUGGGAACCGACAAAAAACCGCUUAUCUAAUUUCCGCGAUAACGUCCCCUAUAACAAAGGAGCUUUUAGAAUAGAGAUAAAUUUUCCAGCCGAAUACCCAUUCAAACCACCAAAGAUUUCGUUUAAAACCAAAAUAUACCACCCAAAUAUUGAUGAAAAGGGUCAAGUUUGUCUUCCGAUUAUAAGUGCCGAAAAUUGGAAACCGGCAACAAAAACAGACCAAGUUAUUCAGGCGUUAAUAGAGUUGGUCAAUGAUCCCGAACCUGAACAUCCUUUACGUGCAGACCUGGCGGAAGAAUUUCUAAAAGAUAGGAAAAAAUUUACAAAAAAUGCCGAAGAACAUACCAGAAAGCACAGCGAAAAGCGACCGGAAUAAAAUAAUAGAUGUGAAUACUAGAUGCUACACCAUCAAGAUCAUCGGAUGUUCAUCAUUGAAAAAAAAAACAGUUGUAAAUUGUAAAACGAUAUUAGGGAGAUGAUACUUACAUUCGCUUAAAUCAAAUACAUGCGUUAUCUGAGCGACGAUAAGAUAAUCAUUGAUACUCGAUGAACGUCACAUCUGUUUAGUCGAAUCCAACAAUCUGAAAAUUUUAUUAAAAAAAAUCCUUAAUUCAAA